CAAAUACUGCGAUAGCCAGCGACCUCUUCAUUGAACGAUCGCUGCGUACUGUCAGUCUUCACCGAAGAAUCAUCAGAACGUCCAGCAAUCACAAUGAGCUCCAAGCAGGUUGCCCGAGCAGCGACGAAAGCAGCGAAACCAUCGAAGGGCACGCGAAAUGCUUCCAGGCUGACCCAGCAGGUUGAGCGGGUGGCCACAUUAUCCUACCAAGCUCGCGCAUCGAGAAAACAGACACAGCUCCGAAGGUCCAUAUUCGCCGUAGUGGCAGCUGGCGGUCUUGCCACAGCGUCCCAAUUCUACAUCAACAAUGGCAACUUCGUCCGCCAAGGCCACGCCGAAGCUCCGGAGCAGGAAGAGACUCCGUUGGUCUUCGAGGAGAGUCGGAAGAAGACAUCGAACAGCUUGGAAGAGAAUCGAGAUAUGAUCUCCAGCCAGCAUCAUCAGGUGAAGCGCAGUUGGGAGAAUCCUGGCGUGUACGCAUGGGGGAGCAACAGCGGGCGUGUCGUGGCACCAGACAGUGAUGAGAGAUGCAUCAAGACGCCAAGGAGGAUACCAUACUUUGACGGCAUGCUGCUGCGAGAUAUCAAGCUGGAUCGCAAUUUUGGCGCAGCCAUCGACGAAAGAGGUGAUCUGAUACAGUGGGGCGUGGGUUAUGCUCCAGAUGUCAAGACACCGGCCAGGACGCUAGAAGGCAAGGACUUGACAAGCUUGUCUAUCUCGAAAGAUCGCAUUCUUGGCUUGUCGAAAAACGGCAAUGUGUACAGCAUCCCUGCCUCUGCCGAAGACCAAGCAAACGACCCGCAGCCAUCAGAGUCGAGCUGGAUUCCGUUCUGGAGUGGCAAGAGCAAGAUCGCAUAUCGAAACAUUACACCUCAAAAUCUCAGUCGGGGCGAGAAGAUAUCAGCUGUCUCUUCUGGUUUAGAGCAUGCUUUGCUGCUCACCAACAAGGGCCGCGUAUUCUCAGCUGCCUCAGCUUCUGAUGCCUUCCCAAGCCGCGGCCAGCUUGGAGUACCAGGUCUGACAUGGCUUACCAGACCCGCAGGUGCAUUCGACCAGCCUCACGAGAUCACUACCCUACGAGGUUUCAAUAUUGCCAAGGUAGCUUGUGGUGAUUACCACUCACUGGCAUUGGACUCAGAAGGCCGUGUUUUCGCUUGGGGCGACAAUGCCUCCGGUCAACUCGGCUUCGACUACAAUCCAGAAUCCAUGAUCGUGGAUGCGCCAUCAUUACUUCCCCUACAGAAGCUCUACUCUGGCAAGUCACAGACUCCCAAGAUCACGCAUAUUGCAGCAGGAGGCGAGAACAGUUACAUCACAGUAGACGCUACUCGUGUAGCAUCUCCCAAAGACGACGGUAUGGACCCACGAGAACAGCUACAGAUCGGCAGAGUCACAGCAGAUACCUUCGCCUUCGGGUCCGGCAUCAGAGGUACUCUCGCCAACAGCAGAUGGACACACGUACAGUCAACACCAAGCAAAAUCCCAUCUCUAUCCGGCCUGUUCGAAUACGACGAGAAGACCCACAGCACGGUUCCCAUCCGAUUACAGCACCUUUCAGUCGGCAGCACGCACGCAGCAGCAGUCAUGCAGAACAUCACCUACACCUCCGCGAGCCAGCAUACCAGCAACGACGACACGAAUUGGGGCGCCGACAUCGUCUUCUGGGGAGGAAACGAGCACUACCAACUCGGUACCGGCAAGCGCAACAACAUGUCCGAACCUACAUACCUGCAGCCCCUGGACAUGGAGGCUGAGGUGAAGCGCGCGAAGAAGUCGAGCGGCGCCAAAGAGGAGCAUAGAUUUCACAUCACUCCUAGAGCGUAUGCGACUCUUGGAGAUGGCAGGAGAAGAUGGGUCGAGCAGCGCGUCGAGUGCGGUAGGCAUUGUACUGCUGUGUACAGUGCGACGGGCUGAUUGGGAGGAGGAGGGAAGAUUUGUGGGUUUAGCGGCAUGUCAUGAUGGUUGUAUAUCCAUGUAGUAGAUUCUGAUGAGUCAGAGAAAUUUAACGUCAUUGAAGU